GACUGGAAAUCAGACACCGCAGGCUGUGAAUCGGAAUCGGGAAGAUACAGAGGACCUGGAUGAGCAGGUACACCAUCUUACCUCCUGGAUAUACAUGUUAGUAUGGACAAGUGCCGCAGUCGACCUCGAAGACCCGACAAAGCCUUAUAUGUGCCAAAAGCCAGGCGAAAUACAGAUGAGCCACCCAGUGGAGGAGACCCUUGUUCCGAACACCCUCCUGCUUUUGUUUCCGAAUCUCCUGUCCAAAAAAGACACACAAACACCAAAGCUGACUCCCGGGUCUAUGAACACGGGAAACAGGGGAGCAAAAAUGCAAAGUCCCCAGUUCUAAAGAAAAAUUCUCAACACAAAAAUGACAAGGAGCUAAUUUGCACUCAAACAGGGACUACAGAAAAUGAUUACUUGUGUGAGGGUGUUAAUAACCUAGUCCUCAAUGAGGAAACAUCACCAGGCUCAGUGCAAAACGAUGUGCCCACAUCACACACUGUUCCCUCUGCUGCAGCUCACGCAGGUUUCUUUUCAAAGGAAGAGGAACAGCUUGAUGUCCAAAGCAGAUCUGCCAGCCAAAGUCUAGGCGAACAGCAUGAAAAUAUGACACAAGGGUCAAUAGAAAGCCUAGUGGAGCGAGAUAGGAUGACGGUAAAAGCACAAGAUCAAGGAAUGUGUCAGUCUAGAAAGACAUCUUCAUUAGAUGUAAGUAUAGAGGAUCCAAAGCGAUCCAAACAUAUAGCUGUGUCAGCGAGCACCAUAGACCAGGUAGCAGGAGGCCCAGUGUUUACAUGCCAGCAGGAAGUGAUAGACUUACCGGCAAGGACCAUACUUCACGGCUGUGAACACAAAGCACACAAUAUAGACAACACGACUAAUCAACAAAAAUCAGUUUUAUUCCACAGCACAGAUUGCACUGAAAUAAUUACUACAAGUGAGAUUGUUAGGGACCCGCUUGGACAGCUUGCAACAGUCUGCUCGAGCGAUGCAGAUAACGAAGCUAAUGUCCUCCUCUAUGAAAAGCCAGAAAGUAUUGAGGGAAGAAAAUUGGAUUCCAUUCCUGCAAUAGCAGAGGAUGUCUCGGAGCUUGCAGAGGGGGAUAACAGUGCCAUUGUGUGUGCUAUUGAGCCCAGCAUCAGAGCGGCAGAUGAACACAUCGCAGAUUUAAAAGCGUGCUUGUCUGUAAACGAGGGUGGAUUACAUGGCAUACAUAAUUCUAAAUUGUCUGGGAACAGUUCUGCAGCACACAUUAGAGUACAGAAUCCCAGUGAAAAUGCUAGAAAGGUUGAAGCUGAGUGCGAGAAUAGUCCUAGUUCUUUUUCCCAUGCACAUAUACAGCAGGAAGGAAGGAGGCACAUAACUGAAGGCAGUAGAGACCUAUUUGACAAUCCUGUAUUAGAUCAAUUUGUAGACAUUCUACCGGCUGUUGUCACUGCGGAGCAAAAUCAAUCUGCAGCCAAUGUAGAGUCAUUACCAUGUGUGGCAAGCAUGGAGGAAGAAGAACCAUCAAGGACUGAGCCCAAUUUGGAUAGUGAGCAAAUGCCACUGGCAGCUGUGGAACAGGUUUCCCCUUCAGAGACCGUGGAACUGUUGGUAAGUUCCCCUGAAAUUGUUGGCUCCGCCGAAUCAUCUGAUUCACAUGCAGAGCAGGCGACCUUCGAGGAGCACGUGCCAUCUGUCAGUGAAGCCACUGAAGGAGAUGAAGACUCAAUGACGAAAACACUUCAACUGGAACUGAACUAA